UAAAAAUUAAAUUAAAAGCUAAAGGGUCAAAAUUGAAUUAUAAAAAUAUUAAUUUCGAACGGGUCGUACAUUACAAGUUUACACCUGUUGUUUUUCGAAAAAUAUACUCACAAGAUCGUUGCUGACACCUCGAGUACAUGCCCACAGCCGAGCGCGGGCAACGGAGCCAGUACUCUCUGUAUUCCACCAUCCCAAAUCAGUACAAACCUCUACUCCUCACUUUCCCUCUGAACACAGAAAUUGAAACUGGCACUCUUGACACAAGUUUGAAGAUUGAAUUACCGGAAUCCUAUUGUAUUUUUUUUCACAUUGUGCUGUUUGAAGAUAUGGAUGAGAGAAGUCAAGAGAAAGAGAUGGUGGAACAAGUAGUGAGAGUGAAGAGGAAGAACCUAGAGGCAUGCAUGACAUGCCCUCUUUGUAAUCACCUGUUAAAUGAAGCUACCACAAUCUCUCUGUGUCUUCAUACCUUCUGCAGGAAAUGCAUAUACAAAAAGCUCACUCACGAAAAGGUAGAUUGCUGUCCCAUAUGCAAUAUGCAUCUAGGUCGUCUACCGACUGAGAAACUCAGGCCAGACAAUUAUCUGCAAGAUAUGAGGGCCAAAAUAUUUCCUUUUAAAAGAAGAGAAGUUAAAGCUUUUGAAGUUAUGCCUUCAGUUGCGUUGCCCAAAAAAAGGAAAGGAGAGCAGAGAGAGCGGGCACGGGAUCUCCAAACUUCUAGGGCAGAUGACCUAGUUCCCCGAGUACGAGGACAGGAUGAUGGAGAGUCCUUGGGGUCCCAGAUGUUUACUGCUUAUUCCAUCUCUUUGGAGGCGAGUCUUGAUCCAUCCUUUCCUGUACAAGAAGAAUUACAAGAUUCCAAAGUGAUUCCUGAAUCAGAAGAAUCUAUUCGAGACCUUGGACUAGUGCCGCAUGUAGCUUCUCAAUCAGGAAAAGGCUCUCUUGCACUCCCUAAUGAAGUUUCAGAUAUCCCCACCACCACAGAACCACACAAGAAUGGAUCUUCUUCCAACUCCGAAGCAUUCAACACAACUCCUCUAGCUUCUAAUUCUCCAAUUGCAGGUUCAAAUGCAUUAAUAAAUACAUAUUUCUCACAUUCUCCAUUUUGCAUUAUUUAACUAAUUCAAUUGCCUUUGAUCAAGGGGUCCUGCUUAAGUUGAGUUUGAAUCUUUAGCUAACAUGUUAUCUUCUUCUCAACUCAACCUCCACAAUCAAUUCCAUAUCUCACAACUUUUGAGAUUCAUCACUGAGGAAUUGGCAAAACACUCCAAAGACAAUCUCACUUCCAUUUUGGAGUUUGCUGUGCUUAAUCUCUUGUAUCUGCAUUGAUCUACUCGUGAUUCCAAGCCUACAGAUUUUCUAACUAAGUCAUUCAGAAAUAUUUUCAGCUAUAACUAAUUCCUAUCUGGAGAAAGCAAAUGUUCAAUCCAGAUCAAUUAGAAGCUGCAUUAUGCCUCUGCAUGGAAGAAGCUUCAAGAUUCUCUACAUCAACUUGAAGCCAAAUCAA